AUGGCCGAGGUUAUCGACCUACUCUCCUCUCCAGAACCAGAGCCACUGCAGUCCGCGCCACGACCAUGCGCACCCCGACAAGUGCCCCCCACUGACAAGCUUAUAUUUGAUAUCUUUGGUAAAGCUUCUAAGCCAUCAAAACGGCAAAAAGUCAACUCUUCUUUGGAUAUCCCAAACUCACGGUCUAAAAGCACCGCUAUAUCCACGGAAAGUAUUUUAAAUUCACUUUUGGAAGACGAUCUGUCGGACAUCGACCCUUCUUUUGGGUCUCAAAAAGCGGAAUGGGCGUUUUUGGAGAGCUUUGAUGACGAUGGUUACCCCAUGGGACGCCGCACCAGCAUCACCUAUCAUAAAAGAAAGUCUACCUCAUCGAACAACGUCAUUGUUUUGGACAGUGACUGUGAGGAGAUCGAGGAUGAGAUCUUGCAAGAUCCUUUUGGUUUAGCAACGUCACCGCCGACGGCGUCUCAGUUGGAGCACUCAGGCCAGACGUCGCGGCUUUUGGCAAAGCUCCGCGAGGAAUCAUUAUCGCAGCGCGAGAAGAAUACUGCUCCAAAGAAACAAAAGCGUCGAGCGAGUGUAACUAUAUUCGAUGACAACGAUGAUGACGAUGAUGUUGAUUCUACCCCUGUAAACACUACACAACCAAAACAAAAAAGGCCCAAAAAGGCCGUCACAAUUGACAAGAAUGCCAGGGCGCUUGAGCGCGAGGCCGCCAAACUACGGCGUGAAAAAGAAAAAGAAGAAGCAAAAGAGCGAAAACGCCUGGAGAAAGAGGAAAAAGAAAGAGCAAAGAAACUUGCAGCGGAUAUUGCGCAGGCGAAUAAGUCCAAGGUUAACAAAAGGCAGAGUACCGCAGAGAUGCUGGUUGAUAUGUCUUUAUCGUUUGAAGAAUCCAGUGUUGGGAACCAGGUGGGCGAGUUUAUGCGCCGCCUUGAAGUGCCACUGAGUUUUAUCUCGACUCAAAUUCCAAAUAUGGUAACUUGGCGCCGGAAGGUGGUAGCAACAUACAAUGAUGAGGUAGGCCAUUGGGAGCCAUGCCCGCCAAAAAUUACCAAGGAAGAUCAUGUUUUAUGUUUUUUACCCGCAAAGGAAUUUGUGGGCUUAGCUCUGACUUCUGAGCCGAAUGAAGGGCUUGAAGCACAUUAUCGAAACCUAAUGCAGCAUUAUCCCCAAUGCAAGCCAAUCUAUCUAAUCGAAGGUCUUACAGCCUGGAUGCGCAAAAACCAAAGUAACCGAAAUAGAGCAUAUCAGGCGGCGGUGUUGCGUCAGAUGGGCACGCAGGAACAGUCGAGCAGGUCGAAUGCAAGGACUCGAAAGCCGAAUGACUCACCUCCUCCAGUUGACGACGACACCAUUGAAGAUGCGUUGCUACAGCUUCAAAUGCACGAAGGCUGUCUAAUCUACCAUACUGCCGCACCUGCAGAGUCGGCGGAGUGGAUCAAGAACUUUACGGAGCAUAUAUCCACCAUCCCGUACCGACAGCAGCGGAUGAAUACGCACGAUGCGGGGUUUUGUAUGGAUAUUGGGCAAGUAAAAUGCGGGGCCGAUGCAGAUGAUACAUACAUCAAAAUGCUCGAAGAGAUCAAUCGGGUGACCGCGCCCACGGCGUAUGGGAUUGCUAUGGAAUACCACAAUAUACGAGAAUUGGUAAACGGAGUGCGACAGUGCGGGCCACUGGGGCUGCAAGACGUCAGGAAAUGCGCAAACAAAUCGGGUGCUUUGACGGCAGCUCGCAUCGGCCCCGCCAUGAGCAGGCGGCUGUACAAAAUCUUUACGAGUUCGGAUGCAACGUCCAUGGAUAUCUGA